AUGGAGCCGAUUCUGCACGGAACGUUCGGGUUUGCUGCGCUGUUGAAAAGGAAGGUCCCGCCGCAAAAGAAGCCUAACAAGCCGCACCCCCACAAAGGCAUGUCUCGCAUCCAAAUCAGCGAGGCUAUGAUUCAGAAGAAGCGCGCGGAAGCCAAGCAGCGACGCGAGAAGCUCGAAGCACAAAAGGAGAAGAAGCGGACAAAGAAGGCGCAGGACAAGAAGUUAAAGCUCGAGAAGAAGUUGUCCAAGCUCGAGAAGAAGGUCAAGAAAGACAGGAAGCAGUUAAAAGUGCUUCGUUCACAGCUCGGAGCCUGA